AAACAUUUAGUUAGUGGUGGCGUUGAUUCCGCUGGAUUCCGCGCAGAAAAGUAUAUCUUAUUUCUUAUUGUCGCAACGCCCAACUGCAAACAUGGCUGAGCAAGAAGAAACCCAGAAGAAGAAGAGGACUUUCCGAAAGUUCACUUUCCGAGGAGUUGAUCUCGAUCAACUCCUGGAUAUGCCAAAUGAGCAGCUUAUGGUGUUGAUGCAUGCUCGUGCCCGUAGGAGAUUUUCUCAUGGAUUAAAACGAAAAUCUAUGGCUCUUGUAAAAAAGUUACGUAAAGCAAAAAAGGAAACACCACCAAAUGAAAAACCAGAAAUUGUUAAGACUCAUUUGCGCAACAUGAUCAUAGUACCGGAGAUGGUUGGUUCCAUCGUUGGUGUUUACAAUGGCAAGACGUUCAAUCAAGUUGAAAUCAAACCAGAAAUGAUUGGUCAUUACUUGGGAGAGUUCUCUGUUACUUAUAAGCCUGUCAAGCACGGUAGACCAGGUAUUGGUGCUACCCAUUCUUCGAGAUUUAUACCACUCAAAUAAUUUGUACUUUUAAUGUCAAUAAAAUAUAUUUGAAAAAUAA